UCACGUUAAAUGAACAAAAAUUUCACUGUGUAUGCUAUAUAAAUAUUUCAAUAAAAGCUUUGUUGGCAAAGCAUAUUAUACCUUUCAAUUUGGACAACAAGAAACAAAAUGGCUGUAACAUCUGUGAAUCCGUGGACGUCAGAUUGUUCAAUAAAAACAAACAAGGUCAUAUUGGAAUAUGUAUUUGUUAAUCACAACCGUUGCGAUCUAAUGAACAAGACAAAGGUUGCUGACACAGAACCAAAAUGCAUAGAAGAUUGUCCACUUUGGUAUACAUCCAUGGUUAAAGAUCUUGAAGGGAAUGAUUUCUGUGAAAUGAUUUUAAAACCAGUGGCUAUGUUUGAAAACCCGUUCUUCAAAAGUCCCAACAAGAUUGUUUUCUGUGAUGUCUGGCGUUCAAAAGACGAGCCUGCGGAAAUGAAUUCACGGUUUCGUUGCAAUGAGACGAUGAAUCGACUGAAAUAUGAUGCCAAAACAGGAUACCGACCACAUCAGGCUCACGACCCAUGGUUCGGCAUAGAACAGGAGUACUGUGUGAUUGACGACGCAGACAAACCAGUCAGCUAUUCUCCUCAUAACUACGACUAUAAAACACUGCUUGUGUACUCGGCUAUCGGUCCUCAUCAUGCUAAGAAUGUAGGCGUUGAGCGAGAGUUGUCAAGCAGACAUCUGGUAGCUUGUCUCUAUGCAGGCGUUAAAAUAGGCGGCCGGGAUCGAGAAAAUGGCCCUUCACAAUGGGAAUUUCAAAUUGGCCCUUGUGAGGGUGUGACCAUUGGUGACCACCUUUAUGUGGCGAGGUAUAUACUGUACAGACUGGCAGAAAUGUAUGGCUUGAGGGUAACGUUUUCACCGAUACCUGUACCAGGAGAGGCAUUUAUGUCAUCCGGUCAUAUAAACUUCAGUACCUCUAGAAUGAGACAAAAGGGCGGAAUGGAAUUUAUUAGACAUGCAAUCGAUAUACUAUCUAAAUCGAGCGAGGAGCCUCUCUUGGGUUAUUAUGACCCGACAAAGGAGUCCACAAAUAGCAUCAGACUGCAAGACACUGCUUUCAAAUUCCAUCCACGCUUUAAUGAAUUCGUCUUUGAUGUAGCUAAUAAAAGACUAACAUCAGUACGGAUUCCGCCGUUAGUGCACGAAAAUGGCUAUGGGUACUUUGAAGACAGACGUCCCUCCUCAGAACUUGAUCCCUAUUCCGCAGCAGACGGUCUUGUGCGUGCAUGUAUAUUUGGCGAUUUUCUUAAGCCAGAAUAUCAACAUUUGCAAGACCUCCGAUUUUGGGACAAAGAAUGAACAUCAGACAGUUUUAAGCUUUUCAACUCUCCG